AUGUUGUCCACGGUGUUUCUACUAUGCCUCAUUGCAGUAACUGCAAAUGCCGGUGUGGUGGAAUCCCCGGAUGUUGAUAUGGGCUUCGACGUCCCCGAUGUUAUCGAUGCUGUUGGGGAUCAAUUGUCACCAGCCGAGUGGAUUCCAAACUGCGAGAAGCACCAUUUCGGACCAUCAUGCGAAGUUUACUGCAAACCUGUCGAUGACAAGAAGUUAGGUCACUACCUAUGUCAUCCAAUCACCGGAGAAAAGGUAUGUCGAAAUGGCUUUGCGGAACCGGAAACAAACUGUACUGUUCAGGUUCCUAUAAAGCAGAACUGUCCUAUAAGUGGUGAUUGUAUAAAUGGUACAUGUGUGAACCAACGAUGUGUGUGCAACCCGGGCUGGACUGGAAUGUAUUGUGAAGAAAUCAUUCUUGGUUGUUCCGGUGGUAAUCCUUGUCUAAAUGGUGGAGUAUGUCGAAACACAAAUGUUGGCAACAGAUACCAAUGCUUUUGUCAGCCCGACUGGACCGGUACAAACUGUGAGAUACCUAUCAACAGAUGUCCUCCAAACUAUUAUGGUCCGGGAUGUAGUGUAUAUUGCAUGGAAAGGAACGAUUGCAUUAGUGGCUUUUACACAUGUGAUCCUUCAAGCGGAGCUAAAAUUUGCCGUAGUGGAUGGACUAGACCUGACUUAGACUGCAAGGUAAAGAUCAUACCAAAACCUAAUGACCCAGAAUGCCCAAGAGAUGGCGUUUGUCAAAGAGGAAGCUGCUUUGCUGGAAGGUGCUGUUGCGAAAGUGGUUGGACCGGAAGACUUUGCGACUGUAGAAUAUUGGUGUGUGAUAGUCAGCCUUGCAGAAAUGGGGGAACAUGUAGAGAUCUGAUAGACAGUUACCAGUGCAUCUGUCCACCAACUCACACCGGUCUGAACUGUGAGACAGAAAUUCCGAGAUGCCCUCCAAAUUACUAUAAUCCUCCAGCUUGCAACGUGUUCUGUCUUGCGGCAGACGAUUGUGAAAGAGGCCAUUAUACAUGUGAUCCCAACACAGGAGCAAAGGUAUGUCUUCCUGGAUAUGCAGUUCCUGAAAAUGAUUGUAAAAUAAAAACACUCCCUCCACCAAAUGAUCCAGACUGCCCAAUUGACUCUCCCUGUGUUUAUGGAAGAUGCUGGAGACGGUCGUGUUGUUGUAAUGAACAUUACACGGGUGUUAGAUGUGAAACAUUUAUUGAUUACUGCGUCAGUCGUCCAUGCCAAAAUGGUGGAACUUGCAAUCCCAUUGUUGGAGGGUUUACGUGUACAUGUCCAAGAGACUACACAGGAAGAUGGUGUGAAACAUAUAAUCCGCAAUGCCCUCCAAAUUACUACAAUCCACCUGCUUGCAAUGUGUACUGUCUUGCCGCGGAUGAUUGUGAUAGAGGGCAUUAUACUUGUGAUCCAAACACAGGGGCGAAGGUUUGUUUACCUGGAUAUGCUGUACCUGAAAACGAUUGUAAAAUAAAAACACUACCUCCACCAAAUGAUCCAGAUUGCCCGAUUGAUUCUCCCUGCGUCUAUGGGAGAUGCUACAGACGAGCGUGUUGCUGUAAUGAACAUUACACUGGUGUGAGAUGCGAGACUUUUAUAGACUAUUGUAUCAGCCAACCUUGUUUGAAUGGAGGCACGUGCAAUCCAAUGGUCGGUGGUUACACAUGCAUAUGUUUGAGGGACUACACUGGUACUCAUUGCGAAACAUAUGCUCCACAAUGUCCUCCAAAUUAUUACAAUCCCCCUGCUUGCAAUGUUUACUGUCUUGCUGCGGAUGAUUGUGACAGAGGCCAUUAUACAUGUGAUCCCAACACAGGAGCGAAGGUUUGUCUUCCUGGAUAUGCAGUGCCUGAAAAUGACUGCAAAGUAAAAACACUCCCUCCACCAAAUGAUCCAGAUUGCCCAAUUGACUCUCCAUGUGUUUAUGGAAGAUGCUACAGACGAGGGUGUUGUUGUAAUGAACAUUACACUGGUGUAAGAUGCGAGACUUUUAUAGACUAUUGUGUCAGCCAACCUUGUUUGAAUGGAGGCACGUGCAAUCCACUUGUAGGUGGGUACACAUGCACUUGCUUGAGGGACUACACGGGUACACAUUGUGAAACAUAUGAUCCGCAAUGUCCUCCAAAUUAUUACAAUCCACCUGCUUGCAAUGUGUAUUGUCUUGCAGCAGAUGAUUGUGAUAGAGGGCAUUAUACAUGUGAUCCCAACACAGGGGCAAAGGUGUGUCUUCCUGGAUAUGCAGUUCCAGAAAAUGAUUGUAAACUCAAAACAAUUCCUCCACCAAAUGAUCCAGAUUGCCCAACUGACUCUCCUUGUGUUUAUGGAAGAUGCUACAGACAGUCGUGUUGCUGCAAUGAACAUUACACUGGUCGAAGAUGUGAAACAUUUAUUGACUAUUGCGUAAGCCGACCUUGUCAAAAUGGAGGCACAUGUAAUCCAAUGGUAGGUGGGUACACAUGCACUUGCUUGAGGGACUACACUGGUACUCAUUGCGAAACAUAUGAUCCGCAAUGCCCUCCAAAUUACUACAAUCCACCUGCUUGCAAUGUUUACUGUCUUGCUGCGGAUGAUUGUGACAGAGGCCAUUAUACAUGUGAUCCCAACACAGGAGCGAAAGUUUGCCUACCUGGGUAUGCUAUACCUGAAAACGAUUGUAAAAUCAAAACUCUUCCACCUCCAUCGGAUCCAGAUUGUCCAACUGAUUCUCCAUGUAUUUAUGGAAGGUGCUACAGACGGGCAUGUUGCUGUAAUGAACAUUACACAGGUGUUAGAUGUGAAACCUUUAUAGAUUAUUGCGUCAGUCGUCCAUGCCAAAAUGGUGGAACUUGCAAUCCCAUUGUUGGAGGGUUUACAUGUACAUGUCCAAGAGACUACACAGGGAGAUGGUGUGAAACAUAUGAUCCCCAGUGUCCUCCGAAUUAUUACAAUCCACCUGCUUGCAACGUGUACUGCCUUGCAGCAGAUGAUUGUGAUAGGGGGCAUUAUACAUGUGAUCCAAACACGGGGGCGAAGGUUUGUCUUCCAGGGUAUGCAGUUCCUGAAAAUGAUUGUAAACUCAAAACAGUUCCCCCGCCAACUGAUCCAGAUUGCCCAACUGAUACUCCUUGUGUUUAUGGAAGAUGCUACAGACGAGCAUGUUGCUGUAAUGAACAUUACACUGGUGUAAGAUGUGAAACAUUUAUUGACUAUUGCGUAAGCCGACCUUGUCAAAAUGGAGGCACAUGUAAUCCAAUGGUAGGUGGGUAUACAUGCACUUGCUUGAGGGACUAUACUGGUACUCAUUGCGAAACAUAUGAUCCACAAUGUCCUCCAAAUUAUUACAAUCCCCCUGCAUGUAAUGUGUACUGUCUUGCCGCAGAUGAUUGUGAUAGAGGGCAUUAUACAUGUGAUCCAAACACAGGGGCGAAGGUUUGUCUACCUGGAUAUGCAGUACCUGAAAAUGACUGCAAAGUAAAAACACUACCUCCACCGAAUGAUCCAGAUUGUCCAACUGACUCUCCUUGUGUUUAUGGAAGAUGCUACAGACGAGCGUGUUGCUGUAAUGAACAUUACACUGGUGUAAGAUGCGAGACCUUUAUAGACUAUUGUGUCAGCCAACCUUGUUUGAAUGGAGGCACGUGUAAUCCAAUGGUAGGUGGUUACACAUGCAUAUGUUUGAGGGACUACACUGGUACACAUUGUGAAACAUAUGAUCCGCAAUGUCCUCCAAAUUACUACAACCCACCAGCUUGCAAUGUGUACUGCCUUGCUGCAGAUGACUGUGAUAGAGGGCAUUAUACUUGUGAUCCCAACACGGGAGCGAAGGUUUGUUUACCUGGAUAUGCUGUGCCUGAAAACGAUUGUAAACUCAAAACUCUUCCACCUCCGUCGGAUCCAGAUUGUCCAACUGACUCGCCGUGUCUAUAUGGAAGAUGCUACAGACGUGGAUGUUGUUGCAACGAGCACUACACUGGCACUAGAUGUGAAACGUUCAUCAACUACUGUACAAGUCAACCAUGUUUAAAUGGCGGAACGUGCAACCCUAUCGUUGGUGGUUACACAUGUACAUGUUUGAGGGACUACACAGGCACUCAUUGUGAAACAUAUGACCCGCAAUGUCCCCCAAAUUACUACAAUCCACCUGCUUGCAAUGUAUACUGUCUUGCCGCAGAUGAUUGUGAUAGAGGCCAUUAUACUUGCGACCCAAACACAGGAGCCAAGGUUUGUUUACCUGGAUAUGCAGUACCUGAAAAUGAUUGUAAACUCAAAACUAUUCCUCCACCAACUGAUCCAGAUUGCCCAACUGACUCUCCAUGUGUUUAUGGAAGAUGCUACAGACAGUCGUGUUGCUGUAAUGAACAUUACACUGGUGUAAGAUGUGAAACAUUUAUUGACUAUUGUGUAAGUCAGCCUUGUCAAAAUGGAGGUACGUGUAAUCCAAUGGUAGGUGGAUACACAUGCACUUGCUUAAGGGACUACACGGGUACACAUUGUGAAACAUAUGAUCCGCAAUGUCCUCCCAAUUACUACAACCCACCAGCGUGUAAUGUGUACUGUUUUGCUGCAGAUGAUUGUGACAGAGGCCAUUAUACAUGUGAUCCAAACACAGGAGCGAAGGUUUGUCUACCUGGGUAUGCAGUUCCUGAAAAUGAUUGUAAAGUAAAAACAAUCCCUCCACCAACUGAUCCAGAUUGUCCAACUGACUCUCCAUGUGUUUAUGGAAGAUGCUACAGACGAGCAUGUUGCUGUAAUGAACAUUACACUGGAGUUAGAUGUGAAACAUUUAUAGAUUAUUGUGUCAGUCGUCCAUGCCAAAAUGGUGGGACUUGCAAUCCCACUGUUGGAGGGUUUACGUGUACAUGUCCAAGAGACUACACAGGGAGAUGGUGUGAAACAUAUGAUCCGCAAUGUCCUCCCAAUUACUACAACCCACCAGCUUGCAAUGUUUACUGUCUUGCUGCAGAUGAUUGUGACAGAGGCCAUUAUACAUGUGAUCCAAACACAGGGGCGAAGGUUUGUCUUCCUGGAUAUGCAGUUCCUGAAAAUGACUGCAAAGUAAAAACACUCCCUCCACCAAAUGAUCCAGAUUGCCCAACUGACUCUCCAUGUAUUUAUGGGAGAUGCUAUAGACGAACGUGUUGCUGCAAUACACAUUACACUGGUGCAAGAUGUGGAACAUUUAUAGACUAUUGCGUAAGCCGACCUUGUCAAAAUGGAGGUACAUGUAGUCCAACGGUCGGUGGGUACACAUGCAUCUGCUUGAGGGACUACACUGGUACUCAUUGCGAAACAUAUGAUCCGCAAUGUCCACCAAAUUACUACAACCCACCGGCUUGCAAUGUGUACUGUCUUGCAGCCGAUGAUUGUGAGAGAGGUCAUUAUACCUGUAACCCAUUCACUGGAGCCAAGGAGUGCUUGCCGGGGUACACCAACCCCGAUGUGGAUUGUAAAAUAAAGACCAUCCCUCCACCAGCUGACCCCGAUUGCCCAAGAGACUCUCCUUGUUUGUAUGGUAGAUGCUAUAAAGGUAAUUGUUGCUGUGAUGAACAUUACACUGGACGUCGAUGUGAAACGUUUAUUGAUUAUUGCGCAAGUCAACCCUGUCUUAAUGGUGGAACAUGUACACCACGAAUAGGAGGCUAUACAUGUAGCUGUUGCCAGAACUUUGAAGGAACGAACUGUGAGAGAUACGUACAAAGAUGUCCACCUAAUUAUUAUGGUCAACGUUGCGAACGUUAUUGUCUUCCUCAGAAUGAUUGUGAUGGUCACUUCACAUGUGAUUGUCAGACAGGCAAUAAGGUGUGCCUUGAUGGCUGGAUGAGACCAGAAGCUAACUGCACAGUAAAGGAGACCCCGCCUAGUUCUGAUAGAGAAUGCCCUGACAGAGGUGUAUGUCUCAACGGAGGAGCAUGCUUUCAGAAAACAUGUUGCUGUCCUAGAAACUUUAGAGGAGAAUUAUGUGAGAUACAAAAUAUGCCUUGUGAAAGAAAUAGGUGUAUGAAUGGAGGGACGUGUGUAAACCUCUCUCCAGGAUUUGAUGGAGAUUUCCGAUGCAUAUGUCCUCCUCAGUGGACUGGCUUAUUAUGCGAUACAACCUGGAAUGGAUGUCCACCAAAUUAUUUCAACCCACCUGCAUGUAAUGUUUUCUGUAGGGAAGCUGAUAGCUGUAGUGAAGGCCACUACACUUGUGGUCCAGAUGGCAGUAAGAUCUGUAGAGAACACUGGGAAUGCGUGGCAAGUGACUGUAGAACAAGAUACUGGCCGAAAUGGAACGAUACCGAAUGCCCACCAAUUGGCCCAAAUGGAGAAAUGUGUCGCUAUGGGGAAUGUCAUAGACAGACAUGCUGUUGUCAUUAUGGGUGGACUGGACCAUAUUGUGAUAUAUUUAAUCCUGCAACACCAUUGCCACCUCGUUAUUCCAAUGAUACCAACGUUAAUGAGACAACAACAAAUGAAACUGGUAGAAUAAAACGUGACAUUGAGAGUGAAUUUUUCAAAGUUGAAUCACAAGAUUCAUGUAGCCCUAGAGAUAACUGCGCUGAAGGUCACUAUAUAUGUAAUGGCGGGACUAAAAUCUGUCGAGAUGGCUGGGCUGACGUAAGCACCAACUGUACAGUUCGUGCCGUUUCACCUGCUGCCGACCCAGAAUGUCCAGAUUCCGGCCAGUGCGAUAUGGGUUCCUGUUUUGCGAAGUCUUGUUGCUGUAUGCUAGGAUAUACAGGGGAUCUUUGUCAGGAACAGAUGAACCCAUGUGGAAGUAAUCCAUGCGCCAAUGGAGGAACAUGUAGCCGGGAUGGUCCUUUCAAUUACAAAUGUGAUUGCACAUCAUUUUACACUGGGAACAAUUGUGAAACUAGGAUGCGUUGUGAAAGGCAUAAAUAUGGUCCAAACUGUGAUGUGCAUUGUAAACCAGAGAACUCUUGUGCUGGUCAUUACAGAUGUGAUCAAAACACAGGGGCUAAGAUCUGUCUUGAUGGUUAUAGAAAUCCAGAUCAAAAUUGCAUUGACAAAAUCAAUGAGGAUCAUACAGACUGUCCAACAGUCGGUUGCGAUACGCGAAAUUCUCAUUGUUUUAAUAACCAGUGCUGUUGUAAUCCAGGUUUCAAAGGAGAAGGAUGUAACAUUGUCAAACUUCCAUGCGAAGAUGUGAAAUGUGAUAACAUAACAGGCGUUUUCUGUCGAAAUGAAGAUGGAAAAGGACUGUGCUGUCGCAAUGCCAAUAAUAGUCGGGAUUGUAUUGAUCCAUCGAGCAACAUGACGACUGCAGUACCCACAACAUCAACUGUCGUAACAUUACAAUCAAGUCGAAUAACCAGUCCUUCUACGGCGAGAACAACAACCAGGUUAGUUUGCCGAGAUGGGUAUUAUGGUCCAACCUGUUCUGUGAGAUGUAAAGCAGAUGAGAGUAGUUGUGAACGCGGGCACUACACCUGCCAUCCUACAACUGGAGAGAAGUUGUGUGAACAAAAUUGGGGACCUCCAAAUAACUGCACAGUAAAAUCACCAAACAUUGCAAACGACCCUGAAUGUCCAGAUGCUGGGAAUUGUAGAAAUGAUGGAAUAUGUUUCAAGAAGACAUGUUGCUGUCGUAGAAACUAUAGAGGUGAUCUGUGUGAAACGUAUGUUCUCCCAUGUGACAGACCAAACGCUGUUGUCUGUCAGAACGGAGGGACGUGUAGGAACGAUGCUGAUACCUCUAGUUGUGUUUGUCCUGAUGGUUUCACGGGAAGAUUAUGUGAAAACAGAAUUAUUCCGGGUUCAAGUACGGCGCUUCCAACAACUAAGACGCCUACUAAAGCAACUCCCGCGCCACGUAAAGCGGAUCCAGUUUGGAGAAAAUGGUGGUUCUGGGUGGCUAUAUUUGGUGGACUCCUCGUCCUUGUUCUCCUUGUGCUUUUGAUAGCCUUAUGCUGCAGUAUGAAAAGGAGAAGUGGAAAAGACCUAGAGAAACAGAAGUUUGAAGUUACACGAAGCAACAAAUAUGAUUCUGAGCAUUUUAGUGAACCAGCGGACUACAAAUAUGGUUUUAAUAAAGGACCCAGAACCAUUUCAGGCGUUGUAAGACACUAACAAAAUAUUAAUACUAAAUAGGACGAUACGGAAAACGAACAGCAUGUGACAACGGAUAUGAAUCUGGACUCAUAGUUAGCUUGUAGAAUAUUUAUUUCAGCCGUGAAUGCAAAGUCAGAAUACUCUUCUUGGUGAAUAUCGAGUUCACUCACUUCAUAACUUCAUAUUGUGCAAUAUAAUAUUGUUCUUUGACUUUCGGCUCGUGUAUUUUCGUGUAUUUUAGAGCAUGUAGAAAUGUGCAUAUAUUUGCAUGACGAAUCUCUUAGAUUUCUUUAGUACUAGCAUGACAUGCACACAAGUCAUUUUGGUCAUUUCACUAUUAGUACCCAAAGGUUUAAAACUGACGUAUUCUAUGAAUGUGUUCAUAAUUUAUGUAUUACUUCGACACUGUGUGUCAUCUUGGGUAUGUAUUUUAGAAAUAAAGAGGUUAUAUGAUUGCAAGAAAAUAUUUUGAUAUUUUG